AGACGAAACACAAGGAAGCAUCAAAAUCAAAAUAGAUUUCUCCCUCAUCCCGAGGCAGAAUCUCCUCCCGUCAAGCGUGGCUAAUCAAGGUACCAAAAGGUUAAAUUUGGCGUCGUAUUAUUUGUCAAAUUAUAAAAACGCUGCGAGCUACGCCUGCUGUUUUAUCCCAUUCUGAUUAACGCCGAAACUUCAGCAAAUUUAAUAGAAACUUGUGUUUUUUUAAGAAAAAUGAGCAGCUCGGAGGAGGUUUCCUGGAUUACAUGGUUCUGCGGACUCAGGGGAAAUGAGUUCUUUUGCGAGGUGGAUGAGGACUAUAUAAGUGAUAAAUUCAACUUGACAGGGCUCAAUGAACAAGUACCACAUUAUAGACAUGCCUUAGACAUGAUAUUGGAUUUAGAACCUGAUGAUGGCUUGGAAGAAAACCCAAAUCAAUCAGAGCUUGUUGAGCAAGCGUCUGAAAUGCUGUAUGGAUUAAUACACGCCAGAUAUAUUUUAACAAGCAGAGGUAUUGGUCAAAUGCUGGAAAAGUUCCAGACCGGUGAUUUUGGUCACUGUCCGAGGGUGUACUGUGAGUGUCAGCCUAUGCUGCCUAUAGGUCUCUCGGACGUGCCUGGCGAGGCAAUGGUGAAGCUCUACUGCCCGAGGUGUAUGGACGUGUAUACGCCGAAGUCAUCGCGUCACCACCACACGGACGGCGCCUACUUCGGCACCGGCUUCCCACACAUGGUCUUCAUGGUGCACCCGGACUACAGGCCGCACCGUCCCACCUCGCAGUUCGUGCCCAGGCUAUACGGCUUCAAGAUCCACCCGCUCGCCUACCAGAUCCAACUGCAAGCGGCGGCCGGGCUGAAGCGCUCGUCGAUGCGAACCCCCUCGUACAACAACGAGACGAAGACAGCAGCAAACCUCCCCAAAUGAAUAUUAUCAAGUACAAGAUCACAACGGUCACGCAAUGAACACUUAUUAUUUAUUGAAGUUAGAUAUAUCAUAAUAAGAUUAUUUUUCAUCGGAAUAAAGCUAUUUAUGUUUA